AUGGUAGUUAAAGAAGAGGAAGAAAGUGAGGGCAGUAGUUCUAGAGAAAGGAAGAAGAGGAAGAAGAUGAUAAGACUAGAAGAGUCCUUACGAUAUGAAGCGCCAUCGGAAACAUGUGAGGUCAAAGUCGAAGUUGUUGAAGAAGAACAGCCGAAUGAAGAAGAAGAUGUGGAGUUGCGGAGGCAAAAGAAAAGGGAAAGAAAACUGAAAAGACGUCAAGAAAGAGCCAAACUAGAAUUGGAGAAUGCUGUAAUGGAAACAAAACAAGAAGAAGAUAGUGAGGAUGGGAAAGUCGAGGCACCAGUAAGUAAGGAGAGUAGAAAGAAAAAGAAGCGCCCUAUGGAAGAUGAAGGUGAUUCUUUCGUUACUGAAGAGUUAGAAGUUGAAGAAGGAAGGAAGAAGAAAAAGAAGAGCAAGAAAAAUAGACAGGCGUCAGAGGAGUAA